CAAAAGUUCCACAGCAGCCGCACAGUAGACAACAGCUGAGCUGAACAAAGUUUUGCGAAGGGGAAAGUGUAGUGAAUAAGAGACCUUCAAGAGACCAACAUCCCUGGUCCACCACAGUAUAACAUUUUUGCCAGGUAGGCGGAUACAUGUUGGAUAUAUUAUAGUAACGAAAUGGCUAUAGUUUUUUAUAAUCUGGAAUUGAGUUGGACAUAAUUACAUAAAUUAUUUUUCAAAAAAGUUUGUCAAAAAUACUUGACUCAUUGCUCACCUUCCCCUCUGCUCAAUGUCAUUCAUGAUCAUGUUAACCAAAUAAUACAAAUUAGCUUAUAAAACCAAACAGAAUAGCUAAAAAAGAGAAUAUAUAUUUUUUUUCUUUGCAAAGUUCAUAAAAAAUUGCAUAAAGUUCAAUAAAAAAAAGAUUUUGGUUUCUGUUUUGUUUUAUAAGCUAAUUUGUAUUAUUUGGUUAACAUGUUUAUGUAUGAGCCAAGUAUUUUUUUUCUCUAUAAAUGCAAUUUAAAAAAAGAGGGAGUAUACAAGAGCAAUUCACAAUUCACACAGGACCUUACAAAUAUUUAUGUUUACCUAUAUUACCGAAUUAUCUAAUAUUAUUAUUAUUGUUGUUAUUAAUCGUGAAUAAAUCUAAAGCUUUUGAGACUAUUAUUUUGUGUUAUUGAAUUUGUCAUGAAGAUUUGACCAUUUCUUCCUUGUAUGCAGGCUUACUGAAUAAUCUUGAUAUAAAAAAAAGGGAGGGGGGUGCCCCUUUUCAGUUUCAGCACAUGCCUCUCAAAAGGUCUGUGCACAGCCCUGAGUAGCAAUAUACAGUUUUUAUAAUGGUUUCAUAAUAGUUUUUCGUAAUGGUAUUUAUACUGUAGAAACUAUGGCCCUACACCAACCUUACACCUAACCCUAAACCUCACAGGAAACUUUGUGCAUUUUUACUUUCUACAAGUAACUCAUUCUGUAUGAUUUAUAAGCGUUUUGAAAAAUGGGGACAUGGGUUAUGUCCUCAUAAGUCACCCUCUCCUUGUAAUACCUGUGUCAUACCAAUGUACCCAUGUCAUUAUACAGAGUUGUGUCCUGAUAGUCAUAAAAAUACGCCACUCCACCCCCCCCUCCCCACACACACACACAUGCUCUUACAGUUAUUUAACUAUAACCUUCAAACAAAUCUAUUUAAUAUAACAAAAAGUUUGACUAAUGGAGUAUUGCAGCAAACCAGGAAAACAAAACUGUAGCCUAGUUACUGUAAGUGCAUUGCAUUGUGGGAAAGUGUUUCAUGCAGUAACCAGUAGGUUACAGGCUACAGAUGUUUUUGACUAAUGUAGCAGGUAAGUACUGUGCAUCUGCACAUUAUACUUUAUACUGUAUUAUAGUAAAUGUGGACCUGAGUAGUGUAGCUACAUCCUGGUCUUCAUAAUCAGAUCAAAGAUAGUUUUGGAUAAUGACAUUUAUAGUUGUAUGCAAAUUGUGAGGUUUCUCUGUUCUCAUUAUUGAUGGUCUUACUGUUCUGCAGGUGCUCUGGAGUUUAGUGGUGCUCAACAAAAGAAGGACAUAGAACUCAUUCUGACAUAAAUAAAUGAAUGAAUAAAUAAAUAAAUGUAUGUAUGUAUGAAUGAAUGAAUGAAAAGAAUCAUUUUCCACUAUAAUAUCUUUUUGUCUUAAGAUUUCAUUGAUGUUAAAGGAUCUUCCGGGAAACACAGAUGCCAAUAAAAUCUUCUAAAUAAUUGUACUUUUAAGAGUUCGAGAUGCUGAUCAUAUUCUACUGUCUUAUUCUCUCUCUUCUGUCAUCCGUCAGAUGUGUGAAAGUGUUCACACAGAAACCUCCGAUACUGACAGAAGAAAAAGGCAGAUCUGUGACUAUGGACUGUAACAUUGAAAAGGACGAGAGAAAUUCUGUAAGAUGGUAUAAACAGAUUCCAAACGCAGCUCCUCAGUAUGUGUUGAGAUAUUAUCACUCUCACAGCUCCCCUAAUGAAUAUGGAGAAGGUUUUUCCUCCAGUCGCUUCACAUCUAAAGCUACGUCAAAUAUUGACUAUCAGCUGAUCAUCAGUAAUGUGGAUGUGACUGAUUCUGCAGUGUAUUACUGUAAGACAUAUGAUGACACUGCUAGAGAGUACGUAUUCGGACAAGGAACAAAACUCAUUGUGAACGAUGCUGCUGCUGCUGCUCCUGUGCUGAACAUCCUCCGUCCGUCCAGAGAAGAGCUGAGCUCCAGUAAACUCACUCUUGUGUGUCUGAUCAAUCACGUGUCUGGGGCUUUUGCUGAUGUGCGCUGGCUUGUGAACGGCAACUCAGUUACUGAAGGCGUCUUCACUGGAUCUGCUGAACAGCAGCCGGAUAAGAAGUUCAAGAUCAGCAGUUAUUUAAGCAUCGAGAGCUCAGAGUGGGACAAAGACACACCGCUGACAUGUGAAGCGACUGCUGCCUCAAAAACCACCAGCAAAAGCAUCAAGAAAUCUGACUGCAGCGACUGAACUGUGUGAUCUCCUCUUGAUUUAUGUCAGAGUCAUUCAGUUUGCUUGUGUAGAGUAGAAGAAAACAUGGAUAGAUACUAGUAAAAAUAAAGUAUUAGUUGCUUCAUUUUCUGAAUUAAAUAAAUUUUUCAUUUAAAUGUUCAUUAUUGUGCUUUAUAAAGUCUAAUAAACUGCAUGUUAAUCAAA